AUGUCAGAAAUUCCAUUAGUAAUAGAUAACGGAUCCUAUGAGAUUAAAUUUGGAUUUGCCAAUUCUUCCAGACCAUUUAGAUCAUUAAAUACAUUGGGCAAGGAUAAAUACGAUGCAUUAUAUCUUGGCAAUCAAAUUAAAAAUAUCAAGGAUAUAUCAGCAGUCACAUUACAUAGGCCACAUAAGCUAGGACAAUUAACUUCAUGGGAAUUACAAAGUUGUCUCUGGGACUACUGUCUAUAUAACCCAGAUGAAUUUGAUGGCUUCCACUUGGGUAAUUCUAUUAGAGACACACAUUUAGUCACCAAUGAAACUUGUCUGACCAUACCCGAACUAAGUAAAAAUAUGGAUCAAGUUAUAUUUGAAGAAUAUGAAUUUGUUAGUCUCUAUAAAGCGCCAUCUAUGGCAUACAUUCCAUUUGCAUCAUUAAAUAAUAAUAAUAAUAAUAGUGGUAGUGAUGAUAAUGAUACAGACAACAAUAAUACUAUAAUAUUUGAUAAAGGUAAAAUAGAACAAACAAACAGCAAUAUUAUGUCAUUGGACGAUUCCAAGAAUAGGAAAGAAUAUCGUGAUUUUCAAUUAGUUGUAGAUUCAGGGUAUAAUUGUACGUGGGUGUGUCCAAUAAUUAAAGGAAUCCCGUAUUAUAAGGCAGUGAAAAAACUUGAUAUAGGUGGUAGAUUUCUAAACGGAUUCUUAAAAGAAACAUUGUCAUUUCGCCAUUACAAUAUGAUGGAUGAGACUAUACUGGUUAACAACAUUAAAGAAAAAUGUUUGUUUAUGAGUCCUCUAUCGUAUUUCGAUAGUUUUAAGAAUAGAAUGGAUAAAUCAUUACAGUAUGUGUUACCAGAUUUCCAUACAAGUUUCCUUGGAUAUAUCCAUGACCCUCAAGACCCGGGUGAUAGUUCAAAAUUACCAUCAAAUGCCCAAACUAUUACAUUAGUAGAUGAAAGAUUUAUGAUACCAGAGACAUUUUUCCAUCCAGAAAUGGCUAAACUACUGAAGCCAGGUCUUGUAGAGACCAUACUGGAGAGUAUAUCUAUGUUACCUGAGCUGUUACAACCUUUAAUGGUAGGCAAUAUAGUUUGCACAGGUGGGAAUUUCAAUAUUCCACACUUUGUGUCAAGACUAACAAACGAAUUACAGAGACAAUUGCCCACAGAUUGGAAUUGUAGAAUUAUAACAAAUAAGAAAGACAAUGAAUUGAGCAAUUGGUAUGCAAUGUCGGAGUUUGCAACAACAGAUGCAUAUAAAUCUGUAAGAAUCACACGCGAAGAGUAUUGGGAACAUGGAAUAGAGUGGUGUACAAAAAAUAGGUUUGGCUACCAAAAUUGGAUUUAA